CCCCUGCUUCUCACGCAAGCUCUAUCUUUGAAGGACGUGACUUCUUCUCUUCCUACUGUACUCUCUCACACACACCCACAUUCACACACCCACACUCAUACACAGAACGGAGCUCGUGGCCGUCCAGCUGCACAAAUAUACUGGAUGCCUGUUAGCGGUAGAAACUGAAUUUUCUUUACCUUGAGAUUUUCUGCAGUAUUCUCCAAAAUGAGUAGCUCUUUCUCAGCCAAAAUGGAACUGGCUAAAGAUAUGAAGGAGGAGGAUAAGUUGUACAGAUAUAAUGGAGUGCUGUACCCUGUCAUCAUGAGUCCAGUGGAGAACCUGAAGGCUAUGGAGAGGCUGGAAGCAAGAGCAGAUGAUGUAAUGUUAGUUGCAUAUCCCAAAUGUGGUUUUAAUUGGAUGGUGGCGGUGCUUCGUAAAAUACUAGCAGCAGCAACUGGUGAGAAAGCAGAGUCCCAAACCCCUCUAUUGAUGGAGUUCUUUGGGCCAGAAAUGCAGCAGGUGUGUUAUACUGCUUGACUCCCCUGUAGUUUUAGCAACACUGCAGGUUUGUCUGCCUCAAAUAAAUCAAAUAUGUAAAUAAUGUAAUAUGCUUUGUGUGUAAUAAUUGGAGAUGCUGUGUAUGUGUAGUGUGGGGUUGUAUGUUUCACACAUUCACACAUUCCCUGUAGCAUAAAUAGGUGCUGUGGUUAUAUUGGGAAGUUUUUAGCCCACUUUAGGUCCAUAAAGGAGGUUUUCAUGACACAAUGUCAGGUCAGGACACUGUUCUCUAUUCUACUUAUGUCACAAACAGAGAGAAUAUCUAUACAGUCAGGUGUAAAGGACGUCACGCUGCUUGCUUAGCAAGUACUGCUUCCUAAUGAUUCGGCUCAUACAGAGGCUCCAACCCAGGACC